AUGAAUUGGCUCUUCAAAGAACAAGCUCUUUUACCGCAAAUUAUUGCAGUCAAAUAUUGUAAAGGUGCAAAUAAUACAGCUGAUGACAACAUUUCGCGACAUUUUUCUCCUUCAGUAGUUAGCAAUACUCGUUCCUCUCGUAUCGAUCAAAUACAUGAUGAAUGGCCAAUUGGUCCUGAACAAUGGUCCGAAGAAGCCCUCAAACCACAGCGUAUACCACUUAUUCGGCCAUCGGUUUCAACAAAUAGUCUUUCUUCUAGGACCACUACUAAUUUAGAACUUAAUGCCGUUACAACCAGAGCACAAGCUAAACCCCUCACUCUACAGAUCCCAUCUCCAACGACUAAUUCACUAACAUCCACCAUAGUCCAAUCUUCAGCCUUUUCUUCACCAUCAACUAAUCCACUCUAUGAUUUUAGUCUAUCACUUAUUUGUUUUGAACAAGAACAAGAUCCGUUUAUUCAAACAAAAAUUCAACAAGUUCGCAACAAACAAAAUCAUCAAGGGUAA